AUCAGUCUCAAUCAAGCAGUCUCAAAUAUUACGCCAUGGCGUUAAUGAGCCUCGACAGUAUUUUUGUGUUCAUCCUCAUAUUUUGUUUUUGCAAAGAAGCAACACCUUCAUUGGAUUCACCAUAUUAUAAAUUACCAACGGCAAUAAUCCCAACGAAAUAUAAACUUCACAUCGAAACCUUAAUCCAUCAGAAUGUGUUGCCCUACAAUGGAAGUGUUUCGAUUGAUGUUACAAUUAGAGAACCAACAAAUGAGAUAAUUUUGAAUGCAAAUCAUCUUCGAAAUUUGAAUAUAACUUUGUACAAUCUUGAAAGUGGAUUGACCCUUGAGAGCCCCAAUCAACUCGAGUAUGAAUUUGAUAAUGAAAAAGAACAGUUGCGGAUCUUUUGGCCUGAAUAUCCUUUGAAGCUUCAAAUUGGUCAACAAUAUCGGCUGAAAAUUGAUUUCGUCGGAAAAAUUGCUGACGGCGAGGUUUUUGGAUUUUUUAAAUCAACAUAUUUGAACGAUGAGGGAAAUCCAGUUCAACUAGCAGUCACACAAUUUGAACCAAACAGUGCCCAUCUAGCUUUUCCCUGUUUUGAUGAGCCUGCAUUUAAGGCAAAAUUCAUCAUAAGUAUCACUCAUGGCUCGAACUAUUCUGCUGUUUGUAAUAUGCCAGUUGAUGGUGAUUCCAUUUUAAGUUCAACACCCAAUGGAGAAAUGACCACAACAACAUUCCUCGAAACACCAACAAUGUCACCUUACCUUGUUGCAUUUGCUUUAACAGAUUUCAAGAACAUCAGUUCUGUUGUAAAUGGUCUUGAACACCGCUUCUUCUAUCCGCCAAAUUCCAAAAACAAUGGUUCCCUAGCUCUUCAAAAUGCCAUUAAAACAGUUAAUGUUAUGGAAAAAUUAGUUGGAGUCAAGUACUCUUUACCGAAAUUGGAUCAUAUUCAAAUUCCAAAACUAUUCGGUUCGGCAAUGGAAAAUUGGGGUCUCAUGACUUUUCAAGAUAGCGAAAUAAUUUCGAAUCAAAAGAAUUACUCGAAGUUUGACUUGUUAAAUGUGAUUCGAGUUCAAAAUCAUGAAAUUGCACAUCAAUGGUUUGGAAAUUUGGUAACACCUGCUUCGUGGAAUUAUAUUUGGUUGAAGGAAGGAUCUAGUACAUAUUUUAGUUAUGUUGCUGCAAACUUAGUAUAUCCAGAAGAUAAAGUAUUUGAAUUGUUUUUGUUAAAUGAAGUAUCUGCUAUUUACACUUUACCUCCUAUGAACAAUACAUUGACAAGGAUUAUUAAAGAAGGAGAUGACCCUAAGGACAAUUACAAUCAAGUUGCAUAUCAGUAUGGUGGCGCUUUCUUUCGAAUGUUCCAUCACGCUAUCGGACAUGAUACUUUUAUGAAAGGAAUCUUCAAAUACUUGUUUCUAUAUCAGUAUUCGGUUGCUAAUGAAGACGAUUUCUUUGGCGCAAUGCAAGCAGCUGUUGAUGAGGACAACGUUGAAUUAUUCCAAAAUAAUCAAUCAGUGGCUAAUGUAAUGCAAACAUGGACUCAUAAUAAAGGAAUUCCAAUUGUAUCGAUCGUUCGAAACUAUGAAACUGGUACAAUAACUAUUCGACAGAAAUCCUGCACCGAGGAUAAACUCCAGAAAUGGUGGAUUCCACUGAGUUUUGCCACUGCCGCAAAUCCUGAUUUCGAACGAACUGUUGCAGAUUACAUUAUGCCUCCCCAAGCUGAAGUGACCAUAGAUCUGAAAGACCUGAAUAUUAGUCUUUCGAACAGUGAUUGGCUAAUUGUGAAUAAACAACAAACUGCAUUAUUCUUUGUUGUUUACGACGAUCUAAAUCUUAAAAUGAUUGCAGAGGCUCUCAUCUCAAAUCCAAGCACCAUUCAUGAGUUCAAUCGUGCUCAAAUUUUUAGGGAUAUCAAUGAAAUCUUUGAAUUUGAUGCUAUUGAACCAGUUCUAGAACUCCUACAAUAUCUUAAGCAUGAGAAGGAAUCAUUAGCAUGGUAUUACGCAGUCGAUUUAAUAGUAAAAAUUCUUCCAAGAUUAGAAGGAAGCAUUGCAUUGCCAAAAUUCAAGAACUUCAUCUACGAUGUAGCAAUUGGAUUCUAUGAUGAAAAAUAUCCCAAUCUUCUUUCUUCUGAACACCAAUUCUCAGCAGCUGAUAUAAAAACAAAAAUAAAAAUGAUGGUAUUAAAAUUUGAAGUCGAUGCUGUAACAUGUCGAAAUUAUACAACACAAUUUGCAUUUGACUAUAUUGCUUUUAAAAAUAUAAAUGAUAAAGACAUGCCAUGUAAACAAAGUUUCUGUCAAGCUUUUCAAAAUCUUACAUUUGUGGAUUUCAUCACACUCUUGAGAAGAUCACGUUCGACUGAUGAAACGGACACUUUCAAAGGCUAUGCGUUUUUAAGUGCACUUGAAUGUAUUGAAUUUAGGGAAAUAUUUAAACUGGCUUUUGAGAUCAUGAGAUCAAGUUUAGAUGUGAACUUUUUAGAGUUAUUUGAUCAUCUUCUGAUUUCGAAUCAAUAUUUUGAGGCAUGGUUUUUGCAUUACUAUGAUAGCAUAGGAAAGGAUGACCCCGAUGCUGUUUUAAUUUUCAAUUAUCGAACUGAUAAAAUUAACCAAAGGAAGACAUUUAUACAAAAGUAUGAGAACAAUAUUAGUACCUGGCUUGAAAACUAUGAGAUGAAAAAUCAGAAGAAAAGUUGAAUACGAUUGAAAGAAGAAGAAUGAAAUGUUCUUCAAAAGCAUGUUGAACAUUUUUACUGAAUAAAAAUCAAAUGAAAACAAAAUGUAG